UUUGACAGUUUGCCCAUUGUUUUGUGUGCGUAUUGUAUAUGUAUUCACGUACAGGUGAAUAAAUCAUCCUUUACGGUUUUUAUCAUUAAAUAAAAAAAAUCUUAAUACGUAAAAAAUGGCAGGUUCAGCCUUACGACGUUUAAUGGCUGAGUACAAACAACUGACAGUAAAUCCCCCUGAAGGAAUAAUUGCCGGCCCAGUAAAUGAAGAAAAUUUCUUUGAAUGGGAAGCUUUAAUCUCAGGACCUGAGGGAACAUGCUUUGAAGGUGGUGUCUUUCCAGCCAAGCUAACUUUUCCCCCGGACUAUCCGCUAAGUCCACCAAAAAUGCAAUUCACCUGCGAAAUUUUUCAUCCAAAUAUUUAUCAGGAUGGCAGAGUGUGCAUCAGUAUAUUACACGCUCCUGGUGAUGAUCCCAUGGGCUAUGAAAGUAGUGCCGAAAGGUGGAGUCCUGUACAAAGCGUUGAAAAAAUUCUGUUGAGUGUUGUGAGCAUGUUAGCUGAGCCAAACGAUGAAAGUGGUGCCAAUGUUGAUGCUGCAAAAAUGUGGAGGGAAGACAGAGCAGAAUUUGAGAAAAUCGCUCAAAAAUUAGUUUGCAAAACUCUGGGAAUUCCAGCAUGAAAAUUUUUAAUAACACAGUUUGUUUAUUGAUAGUUUAAGGUAUUUUGUUAAUAUUUUAAAGUUUAAAUCCAGCUGUGGGGUAACAAA